CACUACUGUGCCUCUGAAUGGCUUAGUACUCGUUUCCUUCUUUGAUUAGAUUGGUUAGGUUUAGGCACGAGGAGCGAGAUUGGUCAACAUUAGGCUAAGAAUACCAGGGUAAGCUAAUGAGAGCAAGAGUAAGGCAAAAUAGGGCGGGACUUGCCUUCGCUAUCCCAGGAAACGCGAAUUCGCCUACAGGAGGAUAUUAUUGGAUCGAAGUGUAGUUUUAAAUCAUAACAUUAUCACAAAAAACGAAAAUCAAUUACAACAUUACGUUACAUUAUGACAUUAACGCAUUCACCGGACUGCAUUGAUGGGGGACAUACAGAUGAUUGGCAGUCUUCAUGGUGGUUUUAUUCCAUUGGACGUCUUUUUCCUGUGACAGCAGCUGCUGUGCUUGUACAUUGCAGUAUUUCACCCAGUAGUGCUUCUCAUGGCUGGUCAACUCCUCAAAGUAUCCUCUCUGGCCACGGCAGUGUUUGCCUCUUCUGGGUUUUACCUCUACAACAGACAGCUGAACCUCAAUGACCUGACUGUCAUCCGCUUUGGACGAGCUGCAGCCACCACGGCGGUCAUCAGUUUUGACUAUCUGACUGCCUUUAAACAUGUGGAAUAUGGUACAGAGGAGUACUGGGCACUCAGGUCCAAGGUGCAUCUGAGGUCUGCGGAACGUCUUCGAGACUUGUGUUGUGCCAACCGGGGUACUUUUAUCAAGGUGGGCCAGCAUCUUGGUGCCCUAGACUACUUGCUGCCUCAGGAGUACACAUCCACACUGAAGGUGCUCCACAGCCGCGCUCCUCAAAGCAGCAUGGAGGAGGUCAAGCAGGUCAUUAGAGAAGAACUCAGCAAGGAGCUGUCAGAGUUAUUUGUCUCCUUUGAAGAGAAGCCUCAGGGUGCAGCCUCCUUAGCCCAGGUCCACAAGGCAGUGCUGCAUGAUGGGAGGACAGUGGCCAUCAAGGUCCAACACCCCAAAGUCCAGAAACAGAUGUCCAGGGACAUAGCGGUGAUGGAGGUGCUGUUGAGGGCAGUCCAUUGGCUCUUCCCAGACUUUGCCUUUAUGUGGUUGGUGGAGGAAGCCAAGAAGAACAUCCCGUUAGAGCUGGACUUCCUUAAUGAAGGACACAAUGCUGAGAGGCUGGCCAACAUGCUGGCCCACCUCCCCUUUCUCAAGAUUCCCAUCAUCCACUGGGAUCUGUCAACAAAGAGGAUCCUGACCAUGGAGUUUGCUGAAGGGGGGCAGGUCAACGACACAGACUACAUGAAAAAACACAGCAUUAAUGUCAACGAGAUCUCAGAAAACCUGGGUAAGAUGUACAGUGAAAUGAUCUUUGUCCAUGGCUUUGUACACUGUGACCCACACCCUGGCAACGUGUUAGUCCGAAAGUGUCUGCAGAGCAAGAAGACAGAGAUCAUCCUGCUUGAUCAUGGCCUUUAUCAGGUCCUGGAGUCAGACUUCAGGUUGAACUACUGUCGGUUGUGGCAGGCUCUGAUUAAAGGUGACAUGUCCGGGGUGGAGCGUUACAGCCUAAGACUGGGAGCUGGAGAUCUUUACCCGCUGUUUGCGUGCGUACUCACCGCUCGUUCCUGGACAGCCAUCAAUGUUGGCAUCAGUUCUGUGCCUGUCACACACUCUGAGGAUGUUGAGAUACGGACCAAUGCAGCGUUAUACCUCCCACAGAUUAGCGAGCUGUUGAAUCGAGUGCCCCGGCAGAUGCUGUUGCUGCUGAAGACCAACGACCUGAUGAGGGGAAUUGAGACCACCUUACAGACCAGAGCCUCUUCUUCAUCCUUCAUCAACAUGUCUCGCUGCUGCAUACGUGCCAUGGCCAGGCACAAGAGGAGUAAGGCUCAGUCCAGGAGGAGGCAUCUACAAAUCACACUGGCGGAGUCUCUCAACCUGUGGAGACUCACUAUGUAUGAACUGCUUCUGUGGGUGAAGGGCUCCAUGUUGGGUGACUGGCUCACUGUUCUGCUGGCAUUUCUGCACUGAGAGACAUCUGGACAUUGCACUGGGACAUUAUCAAAGGGUUUUGGGAUGCACUGCAGUUUAAAACAUUUUGAAUGUGUGCUCAAACACACACACACACUGUAAGUUUCACCUCUGUUAAUAUGUUAAUAAUACAGUUUGUAACUCUAUGGAUAUAUACAAAGACAAAACAUGUGGAUUUCUUUGAACCCUAAUAAGCUUUAAAUCGACUUCAACCAUUAUCUAAUAUACGGCAUGCAGUUCCUGUGCUGACUGUAUCUGGCAACUUGUGCUAUAAUAGCUGGAGAUGCUGCAGAGAAGUACUGGGCGGAUGGAUAAGCUGUCAAGAAGUAGUUACAGUACAUACUCUGUUUGGGUACAUAUCAAAUUAUUGAGAUACAAUAUGUUAACGGUGAUGUUUAGAGGAGAUAGCAGGGAAGGAGAACAGAACCAGGUUAGCUGUUUUCCUUUGCUUUCACUAUUUAUGCCACCAUGUCCUGAUUACAGCUCUGUACUUUUUUCAUCUUCUCUUUUCCCUAAAGCACUAAAACUUCUUUUAAGUCUUUCCUUUCUUUUGAGUGGGAGCAUAACAUGUUUGAGAUAAGUUUCUGUAUUUAGUUAUUAAGACAUAGCGUUAUUACUUGAGAUGCUAAGAUUUUCAGUUCUCUCAAUAACUGUCAGAAUAUGAGAUUCAGUUAGUUAGGAUCUUGAGUUAAUGGGGUCCCAAUUAAAUGAUCAUGUUCAAUCUUUGAAUCGAGGCAAUAGAUCUUAAACCAUAAAUAUACCUUUUUUUCCUCCCUAUCCCCCAACCGGUCGAGGUAGAUGGCCGUGCAAAGUUGUCUUGAGGUUUCUUUCUGUUGAAAGGACGUUUUUCCUUUGGGCCGUUGCACUAAGCGCAAUUGCUUGGUGGAAUUGUUGGGUCUCUGUAAAUUCUAGUGUGUGGUAUAGUCCUACUCUAUCUCUAAGUUUUUUUAUAAACAUUAAAUAUUAUCAUAACUCGUGUUACGAUUUGACUUUAUAAAUAGGUUGAAUUAAAUUGAUACAAACAGGUAGAGAGGAAAGACGAGUUCAGGUACAAAUGUAGAUAUGGUGUGACAGUGACAGGAACUAGUGGACCCAAAUGCAGAAAGCAGGCAGGCAGGCAGACGGGAGAAGCCUGAAUAGGAAGAUUUAUUCCUCCAAAAAAACAAACACAAAAACGGCAGGUCAAAAAAGGAGGAAACAAAAUGAACAGGAACCGGGGAAAUAAACAGAGAACCGGCAGGGAAACAAAGCAUGCUGAUGCAGGGACAUGCUACUAAGAGGAAGGGAGGACAAGAUCAAACAGGGCUGGAGUACUGAGGACCGUCAAACUCGGGGAACUGAAGGCAGUGUGACUUGGGGAGCUGGGGACAGUGGGCACUCGGAAACUGGGGACAGAACUUCUUUGGCCAGUAGGGCUGAGGAUAGCAGCAAAGAUGGAGUCCCUCUGGCGGCCAAACAGGCCGGCGAUGAAGUUGAAGACCCUCUAAAGGCCGGGCAGGUCGUCGAAGAAUAUCUGGAGGCCUGGCAGGUCAGCAAAGACCCUCUGGAGGCCGGUGGCGAAGGCGAUAUCCCUCCGGGCCGCCGGCAGGACACGGGGGGCUGGAGCCGGCUGGACCACCAAUAGGACACGGGGGGCUGGCGUCGGCCAGGCCGCGCUACAAAGGCAAAGUAUCUGUUUUUCACAGCUGCUCCUGAGACCAAUUUUGGCUGGUAAUUGCGCCCCAACCUCAAUUUGUGACAUUGUUUAGCUGACUGUGAUUGGUCUAAAAGUUAAAACAAUUGAUUUGUGGCUCUGCAUAAAGGUUUUUCUCUCUG